AGUUUUGGCUUACAUUUUCAUGCUCCCUCUAUAAGUUCAAACCACAAAGCUCAACACUCCUUGGUCUAAAGUCUAAACCACCAUGGCUACACUUUCCAACCCUUCAUUCCUCCUCCACCUUUCCCUGAUCAUCACUGCAAUGUGCUUUGCUGUUUCGCAGCCCUUCAUCGGCGUGAACUACGGCCAGGUCGCCGACAACCUUCCGGCGCCGGAGGCCUCGGCGGAGCUCCUCAAGUCCACGACCGUCGGAAAAGUCCGUCUCUACGGCGCCGAUCCGGCGAUAAUCAAGUCCCUGGCGAACUCCGGCAUCGGAAUCGUGAUCGGCGCGGCCAACGGCGACAUUCCGAGUCUGGCCUCCGAUCCCGACUCGGCGACUCAGUGGGUUAACGCGAACGUGUUGCCCUACUACCCCGAAAGCAACAUCACUAUGAUCGCCGUGGGCAACGAGGUCAUGAGCUCCGGCGACGAGAGCCUCGUCUCGCAGCUUCUCCCGGCGAUGCAAAAUGUCCAGAAUGCCCUCAACUCGGCGCCAAAAAUAAAGGUUUCUACAGUGCACUCGAUGGCCGUGUUGACUCACUCGGAUCCUCCAUCAUCCGGGUCAUUCGACCCGGCUCUCGUAAACACCCUCCAACAGUUGCUCGCGUUUCAGAAAGAUAACGAAUCACCCUUCGCCUUCAACCCGUACCCGUUCUUUUCUUACCAGAGCGACCCGAGACCCGAAACACUCGCUUUUUGUCUUUUUCAACCGAAUUCGGGUCGGGUCGAUACGGGUAGUGGGAAGGUUUAUUCUAACAUGUUUGAUGCUCAGGUGGAUGCAGUGCAUGCUGCUUUGAGCAGUAUGGGAUUCAAGGACAUGGAGAUUGUGAUUGCUGAGACAGGAUGGCCCUCUCGUGGGGACAGCAAUGAAGUAGGAGCAAGUGUUGAAAAUGCCAAGGCCUAUAACGGGAACCUCAUUGAACACCUUAGAUCACUGGUUGGCACUCCUUUGAUGCCAGGCAAAUCUGUGGACACAUUCAUUUUUGCGCUCUAUGAUGAGGAUUUGAAACGUGGUCCAGCAUCUGAGCGAGCAUUUGGUUUGUUCAAAACUGAUCUCACCAUGGCAUAUGAUGUUGGCCUAGACAAGUCUGGUUCUACCCACAAGAAUCCACCAACUAGUCCUGUUACUCCAGCUCCUAAAACGGGAACACAAUGGUGCAUCCCCAAAGUGGAAGUGACUGAGGCUCAAUUGCAGGCAAAUAUUGAUUAUAUUUGUGGUAGCCAAGUUGUAGAUUGUGGGCCAAUUCAACCAGAAGGUGCUUGUUAUGAACCUAACACGAUAUCAUCUCAUGCCGCCUUUGCUAUGAAUCUCUACUACCAGAAGUUUGGCAGAAAUCCAUGGAACUGUGAUUUCUCUCAAACAGCUAUGCUUACAUCCCAAAAUCCAAGUUACAAUGCUUGUGUUUAUCCCGGUGGGAGUACCUGAAAAGGCUUCAACUUGAUGUCAACUAAAAAGAAUUAUUUAUACUAUAAUUGAAUUAAGGAAUAAGGUUCUCAUUUGCCCUCUUUUAUUUACGAAUCAAUUGUAAAUGGAUGCCAAUCCACGUUCAUUCGUGCGUGGUAUCUCCUACUUUUAGCGUCACAAACUCACAAUUGUGUUCCCUUCAAUUCUCUUGUGAUCCAAACCUCCUAUUUAUUCAAUUAAAUGCUCUGGGUACAUCUUAUUCUCACCAAA